AUGCGAAAUCCAAGAGGCAAACAUGCUAACGAAAUCAUUUCGCCUUACCUCCAAAAAAAGGCUCUUGAAUUUAUUACAGAGCAUCCAAAAAAUCAAGCUAAAAAAUUAAAGGCUGAAAAUAUCGAGUUAAA